AUGGUUAUCAUGUGGGCUUUCACCCUAGACAGGAGUGAAAGGACUUUACAAAAAGAGAUGCUGGGAAACUUGAAGGAGGUCAUAGAUAUGUUGCUGUGGAAACAGAAAACUCUAAAGACCUUUGAGAGGUUUGGGUUUAAAGGGCUGCAGUGGCCAUUCUUUCAUAUUGAAGGAGAGGCAGAGGAAACAGUGUCGGUGACAACAGUGGCUAUACAGGACCCGUGUGCACACAGAGAAUUUUACCAGCAAGAAAUAUGGAAAGGCCCACAUCCCCGCCUCAAGCAGCACGCUCCACCUUCCCCGCCUCAGGCGGCCCACAGCCGUUUGGGCGGGCAGCUGGCGGGCACCAUGGCCGAGGCUCCCUCCGCUUGCCCUGGGGCAGGAGCACUGGGCAGUGCUCUCAGUCCUUCCCACAGAUUGUCAGAACGGAACUGUAUAGAAAUUGUCACUAAACUGAUUGCAGAAAAGCAGUUGGAAGUAGUGCACACACUUGAUGGAAAAGAGUAUGUCACUCCAGCACAGAUUAGUAGGGAGAUCCGGGAUGAGCCAAAGGUGCAAGUUCUAUUGUCAGAACGGAACUGUAUAGAAAUUGUCACUAAACUGAUUGCAGAAAAGCAGUUGGAAGUAGUGCACACACUUGAUGGAAAAGAGUAUGUCACUCCAGCACAGAUUAGUAGGGAGAUCCGGGAUGAGCUUCAUGUUUGUGGUGGUCGAGUAAACAUUGUUGACUUACAACAGGUAAUAAAUGUGGACCUUCUGCACAUUGAAAACAGAGCUAACGACAUCGUUAAAUCAGAAAAAACUAUUCAGCUUGUACUGGGACAGCUUAUAAACCAGAGUUAUCUGGAUCAGUUGGCAGAAGAAAUAAAUGAUAAACUACAGGAAACUGGCCAGGUGACAAUAUCGGAACUCUGCAAGGCAUACGACCUCCCAGGAGACUUCCUGAUACAGGCAUUAUCCAGGCGUUUGGGUAGAAUUAUUCAUGGACAGCUAGACCAGGAAAACCGUGGGGUGAUUUUUACAGAAGCCUUUGUGUCCCGGCAUCGAGCACGCAUUCGUGGUCUCUUCACUGCAAUUACUCGGCCUACACCAGUAAGUAACUUGAUCACUCGGUAUGGAUUUCAAGAACAUCUACUUUACUCUGUGCUAGAAGAACUUGUUAACUCUGGUCGUCUAAAAGGCACUGUGGUUGGUGGGAGACAGGAUAAGGCUGUGUUUGUUCCAGACAUCUAUGCCAGAACACAGAGCAACUGGGUGGAUUCCUUUUUCAAGCAGAAUGGUUACUUAGAAUUUGAUGCGUUGUACAGACUUGGCAUCCCUGACCCAGCAGGCUACAUUAAGAAAAGGUACAAGUCCACACAACUCUUAUUUCUGAGAGCAGCUUGUGUUGGUCAAGAAAUUGUGGAUCAAGUUGAAGCCUCUGUAGAGGAAGCCAUCAGCUCUGGAAACUGGAUAGAUGUAGCAACUCUUCUGCCCAGUUCAUUGUCAGUAGAAGAUGUUGGAAUUUUGCUUCAGCAAGUGAUGAGAUCUUUAAGCAAAAAUUCUUCAGGUUUGGUCUUCAGUGACACCAUUGUGGUCAGUGAGAAAUUUCUAAGCAGCUGUGCUGAUCUGUUUUCUGAUACGAUGCAACAGAAAGCUGAAAAGGAAAUGAAAAAUAACCCUGUUAAUUUAAUCACCGAAGAAGAUUUAAAACAGGCUUCUGGUUUAGAGAAUUCAUAUGCUAAUAAAAAAGACAAAAAGGAUGAAAGACGAAAGAAAGCAACAGAGGGCAGUGGAAGCGUGAGAGGAGGAGGAGGUGGGAACGCUAGAGAGAUCAAGAUUAAGAAAACCAAGAAGAAAGGAAGAAAGGAUGCUGAUAGUGAUGAAGAGUCGCAAGCAGCUAGCACAGGUAGGAACAAGCAGCCGGAGUUCCCUUUCAUGUCACAAGAGGAAAUUCAGGAUGUUUUAAAGACUCACAUGCAGGAUUGCCCUGAAGAGCUUAUUACAGAACUCGCUGAACAUCUAAUAAGACCUUUAACAAAAACGUACCAGGAAGUUGUGCGUUCUGUUUUUACAUCUUCAACAUCAUCCUCUGGAGCUAGCAGAAGACAGACUAUGAAGGACUUGCAGGAGGAAUUCUCAAACUUGUACAACAACAUUCGGUUAUUUGAAAAGGGAACAAAGCAUUUCACAGAUGAUACUCAGACUAACCUUGCCAAACACCUGUUGAAGACUGUCUGUACGGACAUUACAAAUCUUAUUUUCAACUUCCUGGCAUCUGAUUCAAUGAUGACAACAGAAAAUUAUUCUACAAUCACAAGUGAGGUCCGAACCAAGAUUUUAGGUAAAUUGCCAGAAGACACCAAAGGUCCUUUAACUAAACUGCAUACUUCUCUGAAUGGCAAGAGCAUAGAAGAUUUUCUUUCAUGCCUUGAUUCUGCAGUGGAUAUUUGUGGUAUUAUGGUGAAAAAAGGAGACAAAAAGAAGGAAAGGCAAAUCCUAUUUCAGCAUAGACAAGCUCUGAUUGAACAGCUGAAAGUCACAGAAGAUCCAGCUCUUGUUUUGCACCUGACAUCAGUACUGUUAUUUCAGUUUACAACCCACUGUAUGCUUCAUGCACCAGGAAGAUCAGUACCACAGAUCAUUAAUUUCCUAAGUGGCAAGAUCCCAGAGGAUCAGCAUUCUCUGUUAGUCAAGUAUCAGGGAUUAGUAGUGAAACAAUUGAUCAAUCAGACUAAGAAAACGGAUCAGGGAGAUGGUGACACAACAGAUAACCUUGAAGAGGAGGAAGGAGCAGAUACUAUUCGAAAAGAGCUCCAGGAAAUCACUACCUCUAUCAAAGAUCUUGUUCUCAGACCUAGGAAAUCUUCUGUAACAGAGGAAUAAAAUUAUUAUUCAGUGCAUCCUCAUCCAUGAUACAGUCAGAAUUUAUUUCCUUUUAUCCUGAAGGGAAGGAUAGCAGAAAAUGCUUGACAAACUUUAAAAUUUGGCUUCUAACAAUUGCAAAUCACAGCCAGGGGACACAGUUGUUGGGUGAUUGUGGCAAAUGGAGUAUUGUUAUGUACUGCUGUAGCAUACGUGUACCGCGCAUUAAAUGUAGAUGUCACAGAGCACAGUUGUGGACACAUUGGGUAUGAAAUUAGUGCUUUUCAAUGGGCAUCUUCAUGUGAGGCCUCAAGAACUGGUUAU